AUGGUGCAAGAAGUGGCAGCCUCACAUGAUUCCAACACACUAGAAACUCAGGAGGCAGACCCGCAGACACCGUCCCCUUUUACGCCAGCUAGAGAAUCAUCGAGCAACCCCAUCACUACUAGUCCAUCUCCCACAGCCCUGCCAAGUUCCUCCUCUACAGAAGCUUCCCCAAACUUGACUGCUGAUCCAGGCGCUACUACCACUUCAUUGCCGCCAGCUGACCCUCAGCCUCCUGCUCAGCCGGCACAACGUCAUAGCACGAGGGUAACUCAACCCCCGGUUCGCCUUCGAGACUAUGUUGUGGAACUUCCAGGCCACGUGCCAAUAAUGCUCAAGUUCAUUACCCGUUAG